AUGCAUGGAGGAAAAACAUGCACAGAAAUUGAAAAACCUGUCCAGAAACUUAAAACUGAAGAUGAUGAAAUGAAAAACAAACAUAAGGAAACUCUGAAAAAACAUUUAUUAGAUAUGAGUAUUUGCAUCUCUAACAUAAAUCAUUAUGUUGAAUAUUUGCACAAUUUACUGGAUUCUAAUGAUGUAUUCAAAGUAUUAAACUUCCAAAUAGGCUCUGCGAAAUAUAGAAUAUUACCAUCUAAUCCUAAUCUAAGCACAGCACAAUUCUCACCACAUGUUUUACAAGGACAGAUCUCUAAGAUGUUUGGAAAAAUGAAACCAACAUCAAUAACAGGUGAAGAACAUGGUUAUAGUUUGGAAAAUGGCCAGGAAUCAUUAGAAGCUGUAUCCUCCCCCAUAAAAGAGAACUUACCAGAAAAUGGAUCUUCUACCCCAGUCAGACGAGUGCUUGAUGAUCCAAAAAUUCUCAAAAACUUUGGAACAGGAAAGGAGUGUGACACUGAUAAUGGAAGAAAGAAGUGUGACACUAAGUAUAUAGAAAAGGACUGGAAGUGGGGCACGUAUUAUGGAAGAAAGGAGUGUGACACUGAUUAUGAAAAGAAGGAGUGUGACAAUGAUUAUGGAAGAAAGGAGUGUGACACUGAUUAUGGAAGAAAGGAGUGUGACACUAAGUAUGAAGAAAAGGACUGGCAGUGGGGCACGGAUUAUGGAAGAAAAAAGUGUGACACUGAUUAUGGAAGAAAGGAGUGUGACACUGAUUACGAAAAGAAGGAGUGUGACAAUGAUUAUGGAAGAAAGGAGUGUGACACUAAGCAUAUGAAAAAGGACUGGCAAUGGGGCAGUGAUUAUGGAAGAAAGGAGUGUGACACUGAUUACGAAAAGAAGGAGUGUGACAAUGAUUAUGGAAAGAAGGAGUGUAACACUGAUUAUGAAAAGAGGGACUGUGACACUGAUUAUGGAAGAAAGGAGUGUGACACUGAUUAUGGAAGAAAGGAGUGUGACACUGAUUAUGAAAAGAAAGAGUGUGACAAUGAUUAUGAAAAGAAGGAGUGUGACACUAAGUUUAUAGAAAAGGACUGGAAGUGGGGCACUGAUUAUGGAAGAAAGGAGAGUGACACGGGUUAUGGAAGAAAGGAGUGUGACACUGAUUAUGGAAGAAAGGAGUGUGACACUAAGUAUGUAGAAAAGGACUGGCAGUGGGGCAGUGAUUAUGGAAGAAAGGAGUGUGACACUAAGUAUGUAGAAAAGGACUGGAAGUGGGGCACUGAUUAUGGAAGAAAGGAGAGUGACACGGGUUAUGGAAGAAAAGAGUGUGACACUGAUUAUGGAAGAAAGGAAUGUUACACUGAUUACGAAAAGAAGGAGUGUGACACUGAUUAUGGAAGAAAGGAGUGUUACACUAAGUAUAUAGAAAAGGACUGGCAGUGGGGCACUGAUUAUGGAAGAAAGGAGUGUGACACUAAUUAUGGAAGAAAGGAGUGUGACACUGAUUACGAAAAGAAGGAGUGUGACAAUGAUUAUGGAAGAAAGGAGUGUGACAAUGAAAAUGGAAGAAAGGAGUGUGACACUAAGUAUAUAGAAAAGGACUGGCAGUGGGGCACUGAUUAUGGAGGAAAGGAGUGUGACACUGAUUAUGAAAAGGAGUGUCAAACGGAUUAUGAAAAGAAGGAGUGUAACACUGAUUAUGAAAAGAAGGAGUGUGACACUAAGUAUAUAGAAAAGGACUGGCAUUGGGGCACUGAUUAUGGAAGAAAGGAAUGUUACACUGAUUAUGAAAAGGAGUGUGAUACGGAUUAUGAAAAGAAGGAGUGUAACACUGAUUACGAAAAGAAGGAGUGUGACAAUGAUUAUGGAAGAAAGGAGUGUGACACUGAGUAUAUAGAAAAGGACUGGAAGUGGGGCACUGAUUAUGGAAGAAAAGAAUGUGACACUGAUUAUGAAAAGAAGGAGUGUGACACUGAUUAUGGAAGAAAGGAGUGUGACACUGAUUAUGAAAAGAAGGAGUGUGAUACUGAUUAUGAAAAGAAGGAGUGUGACACUAAGUAUAUAGAAAAGGACUGGAAGUGGGGCACUGAUUAUAGAAGAAAGGAGAGUGACACGGGUUAUGGAAGAAAGGAGUGUGACACUGAUUAUGGAAGAAAAGAGUGUGACACUAAGUAUGUAGAAAAGGACUGGCAGUGGGGCAGUGAUUAUGGAAGAAAGGAGUGUGACACUAAGUAUGUAGAAAAGGACUGGCAGUGGGGCAGUGAUUAUGGAAGAAAGGAGUGUGACACUGAUUUUGGAAGAAAGGAGUGUGACACUAAGUAUAUAGAAAAGGACUGGCAGUGGGGCAGUGAUUAUAGAAGAAAGGAGUGUGACAAUGAUUAUGGAAGAAAGGAGUGUGACACUAAGUAUGUAGAAAAGGACUGGCAGUGGGGCAGUGAUAAUGGAAGAAAGGAGUGUGACACUGAUUAUGGAAGAAAGGAGUGUGACACUAAGUAUAUAGAAAAGGACUGGAAGUGGGGUAGUGAUUAUGGAAGAAAGGAGUGUGACACUAAGUAUAUAGAAAAGGACUGGAAUUGGGGCACUGAUUAUGGAAGAAAGGAGUGUUGCACUAAUUACGAAAAGAAGGAGUGUGACAAUGAUUAUGGAAGAAAGGAGUGUGACACUAAGUAUGUAGAAAAGGACUGGCAGUGGGGCAGUGAUUAUUUAAGAAAGGAGCGUGACACUGAUUACGAAAAGAAGGAGUUUAACACUGAUUAUGGAAGAAAGGAGAGUGACACUGAUUAUGAAAGAAAGGAGUGUGACACUGAUUAUAAAAGGAAGGACUGUGACCCCGAUUACGAAAAGAAGGACUGUGACACUGAUUAUGGAAGAAAGGAGUGUGACACUGAUUAUGGAAGAAAGGAGUGUGACACUGAUUACGAAAAGAAGGAGUGUGACAAUGAUUAUGGAAGAAAGGAGUGUGACACUGAUUAUGGAAGAAAGGAGUGUGACACUAAGUAUAUAGAAAAGGACUGGCAGUGGGGCACUAAUUAUGGAAGAAAGGAGUGUGACACUGAUUAUGAAAAGGAGUGUGACACUGAUUAUGGAAGAAAGGAGUGUGACACUGAUUAUGAAAAGAAGGAGUGUGGCACUAAGUAUAUAGAAAAGGACUGGCAGUGUUGCACUGAUUAUGGAAGAAAGGAGUUUAACACUGAUUAUGAAAGAAAGGAGUGUGACACUGAUUAUAAAAGGAAGGACUGUGACACCGAUUACGAAAAGAAGGACUGUGACACUGAUUACGAAAAGAAGGAGUGUGACAAUGAUUAUGGAAGAAAGGAGUGUGGCACUGAUUAUGGAAGAAAGGAGUGUGACACUAAGUAUAUAGAAAAGGACUGGCAGUGGGGCACUAAUUAUGGAAGAAAGGAGUGUGACACUGAUUAUGAAAAGAAGGAGUGUGACACUGAUUAUGAAAAGAAGGAGUGUGACACUAAGUAUAUAGAAAAGGACUGGCAGUGUUGCACUGAUUAUGGAAGAAAGGAGUUUAACACUGAUUAUGAAAGAAAGUAG